UUUCCCCUUCUCUUCAUUUCAUCCAUACCAUCACAAGAGAGAGAAAAUAAAAACUCCAAAACACGAAAAUUCCGCAAAUAAAAGUGAGAACGAAACCGCGUAGAACAGAAAAGAAAAUCAAAUGACUCCGAUUGAGAACUGCGAACUUUGCAAACUUCCGGCUAGGAUCUUCUGUGAGUCAGACAAGGCUAACUUAUGCUGGGACUGCGAUUCAAUGGUCCACGGUGCCAAUUUCUUGGUUGAGAGACACACAAGAGUUCUCCUCUGUCAAGUCUGUCAGUCUCCUACAUCGUGGAAAGCCUCCGGCGCUAGACUCGGAAACGCGCUUUCUCUGUGUGAAAGCUGCGCCGGUGGAAAUAAAUUUGAAGCGGAGGAACGAGAAGAGAGUGAAGGAGACAAUGACGAUGAUGUAGACACUGAUUACGACGAGGAUGAAGAUGAGGAUGAUGUUGAAGGUGAUGAAGACGGUGAUAAUCAGGUUGUACCUUGGUCGUCUACGGCGGCGCCGCCUCCGGCUUCGAGUUGUUCCGCAAGCGAAGAAUCGGUUAGUAGGUGCAAUAGUAACGAUGAGGUUGUUUCUUCUCAGUUAGCUACAACUGUUUCUUUGAAACGACGUCGCGAGGAUCAUGAUUUACAGGGUUCGAAUUCGAGAAAUAACGGUGCGAAGUGGAGAGAGGAGGUUGAUUUGUUAGGGUACGACGGGGAACCGUUGUCGAAGUUGUCGACGCGGCGAUUUUGCGACCAAGAAGGAUCGGAGCAUUCUCAGCCACACGAUUGACAAGGGCCCUACCACUAGAGAUAUUAUUUUAUCUGUGAUCUCUUUGAUUAAUUAAUUAACUCUCUCUCUAACAAAACUCCCUUAGUUUUUUAUUUUAUUUUUUAUAAUGACUAUGCAAUGUACGCAUCCGUUUAUUUAUUUAUUUAUUGUGUUUUUUUAAUGUAAUUUGUUUAGAUAUUUUGAGGAUUAUGGUUGUGGAGUGAGUGACUAGCUUUUUUCAUUUUUUUUAAUUGCAUAGUAAUAUUUUUUUUCUUUCUGUUUAUACAACUAGUAACUAGUUAAGGAUGAAUUGUAUGUUUUGAAUAUAAAAAAUAAACCAUCUGAUGAGUGUGAUUCCUAA